AUGUUCACUGCUUUCAUAAGAGGUGUUCCGAAUGACCGCAUUGAUGAUGAAUCACUGAAGGAAUACUUCUACCGAGGUCAAGAUGACAAUAGUAAAAUAGUGCUUGAUACUAUCACUGGAGGUUCAUAUGCUAGUAAAAAUGAUGAUGUGAUUGAGGUAAAUGGAGAGUCCGAGAAUGCGACCGAGAAGGAAGCGGAGAUAACUCAGAAAGUUGUUCCCAUGCCUAGACCUCCAUCUCCUUUCCCACAGAGGUUAGUAAAGAAGACUGAAGAAGGCAAAUACCGCAAAUUUAUUAGUAUGUUAAAGCAGAUUUCCAUCAAUGUGCCAUUGAUAGAAGCUUUGGAGAAAAUGCCUGGGUAUGCGAAGUUUAUGAAGGACUUGGUGACUAAAAAGCGGGUCGUGAGUUUUGAGGAUGAUGAUGAGUUGCAACAUUGUAGUGCUAUUGCUACAAGGUCCCUAUUGCAGAAGAAGGAGGAUCGUGAGGCCUUCACUAUUCCUUGUACCACCGGGUUGCUACAUUUUCCAAAGGCGUUAGGCGAUUUGGGUGCUAGUAUUAAUCUGAUGCCAUUGGCUAUUUACAAGAAUUUGGGUUUAGGAGAUCCAAAACCAACUGUGAUGUGA